AUGGCCACGGGCCGAAGGCGCAUUCCCGGCCCUGCCGGGGCCCUCCAGGAGGCCCUACGCCGUGGGAGGGAUCCCGAUAAGAUCGAGGCGGGAGACGGCGCGGGACCGUCGGGCAACCCGCCCCCGGGGUCCCGCACGGCCGGCGAGGCUGGCCUGCCGGGUGCCAUCCGCCCCGACGAACCUUACUGGCAGAUCAACCUGCGGGAGCACUGGGCAUUUAAGCUCGGGUCGUGGCGACGGGCGCUCGACACGAUCGACGUGGACCAGUUCGAGCCCACCAACCCGCUGUUGAAGACGAACUGCGCGUGGAUCCUCGAGGGCGGGUGGAAGACCACGCGAUGCCAGCGCCUGUGCGUCGCGAUCUUGAACAACUCCAGGAGCGAGUUCGGCGACAUGAACAUAGUCGUGGGCGACCCCACGGGCCAGAUCCGAUGCGUCGUCCACAAGGACGUGGUCCAGGCCGACUCAGACGCCAUACGAAAAGGCGGGUCCUUACUCCUGAAGAACGUCCCCGUCAUCACGUUCCCCGAGUGCAUCGAGCACAUGCUGGUGGUGACCGAGAACGAGCUCGUGCAGUGCUUCGCGCCGGAGGAGGAGCCGUACCUCACGAAGAAACACUUCGACACGGCGGAGGAACUCGCCGCGGCGGUGUCCCGGUCCAUGGGCAUGUCGGAGGAGGACAUCGAAGCGGGACUGGCCGCCAGGGCGUCGCAGGGGACCCCGGGCCGUGAGGGACCCGGGGCGUCGCAGGGCACCCCGAAGUCCGACCGCAAAGCCGACGCCGCCGGGGUCUUCGAGGGUAAAGGCGCCGCGUCCGAGGCGAGGACGCCGACGCCGGCGAAGGCGAAGGCGUCCACCGCGGGGUGGGGUCGUGCGAACGUGGUGGUGGACAACGGCACGGACGACGAGGACUCGGACAAGGAGGACGCGGUGCUCGCGUCGCAGGGCCCAAACUCGCCGGAGGUGGUCGCCAGGAGGCUGCACGAUCAGGUGCUGGAGCUCGAGCGGGUGCAACACGAGCGGGACGAGGAGGCGAGGAGGCGAGAGAGGAAACGGAAGGACGCGCCCCGGUCCCCGGGGGGGCAACAGGGCGUCGAGACCGCGUUCGAUGACCCGCCGCGGGAACCCGCGCCGGAGACCGAGGGGAAAGACGGGGAGAAGGAGGAGGCGAAAGACGGGGCGAAGGAAUCGGAUGGAGGGGUGAGCGCCUUCGCGCUCGCCGCCGCCAACCUCCUGGGUGGGAAAAAGUAA